AUGCGUAAUAUUUCAUACGCCGCAAAUCGACAAGAUAUUCGCAUCUCAGCAGAAACCCCGUCGCUCUUCUCACCUGUAAUAGGAAGUUUUAAAGCCUUUACCACAAUGCAGAAUGCCAAUCAUGGCGCGCGAAGACCUUCAUCAACCGUCUCGGACCUCAAGGGCGGCGGCAAAACGUUUUGGCGAGACGAAAUCAUGGAGAUCCAUAGCCAGGCGCUCGAAAUGAUUGAAAUACUUGAGCGAAUGUCCACGAUACUCGAGGCGAUAGAAAGGGGGAGUAAAGAACGAUAUGAUGCUGCCGAUCCACGGGCCUCUGCGAUAGAAGCUCGGGAUCCAACGCGGAGCAUUUGA